GAAGGGUGAAGAAGCGACCAAGAAUGGUGAAGAGAAAGCAUCUACUGCGAGCCGGGACUCUGUAUCGCGAAAAGGGGGGGAUCAAACCUCGGAUAAAAAGGGUCAGGAAACAAGGGCAUCUGCACCUCAUCAUGAGGACUCAGCAAGUAAAAGCGAUGGAGAUGCGUCCAGAGAGGAGGAGCAAAAAGCAGCUGCUUCCGAAGCAAAAAAAGACACUCCGGAAGCUCCCACCAAAGAAAAUGGACUUGUUGACGGUGAAAAAAAAGUGAAGGCCGAGUCUGAUACACCAGAUCACGCCUCUGAUGAUGAUGCUGAGAAAACCGAAAAGGACGCAGACCCGUCUAAAAAAGAGGUGAAGGACGAGAAGAACGAUCAAGCGAAGGAUCACGACACUGAAGCUCAUGACGACACAAAAACAGAGUCGAGCUCAGACCACGACGAUGCUUCCGCCUACUCCCAGUCAACAACCGGCGUGUGUGCGGCCCACAGUGUAUACCACUACAGACGACUUUUGCUCAUCGGUAUAUGCAGUUUCUUGAUUCUCGCAGCUUUGAUUGUCGUAACCAGUGCUCUGGUGACGUGCUUACGAUUAGGCCUACCAAAACACAAUUUGGCCCACAUCAUGCCGAUAGCGGGAAUCGAUCCUCGCGAUAGCAUCAGCCGCAACUUCAUGGUCGCUGCGGCACGCAACAAAUACAAUGGGGACGGAGAUGAGGAGUACUAAGAUGAUGUGUCACGACCGGUGGGUAAGGGUAACUGCAACUGAAGGUGUAGGAAAUUCAUCUUCUCUCAGAAAUGCCAGAUACAAACAUGGCUGUACAGAUGUUUCAAUCCCAUGCAGAGAUGAUGAUGAAUACGUUCUUGGAACCAGUUUUCGCGAUAUUUUGAAUUUUAUUUUUUUUGUGAUGUGUCAACAAAGUCCACAGCUGCACGGCUACGAAAAAGAAAGAGAGGUAGAUGAAUCCGG